GUUCAGAGCAUGGUGCUGGGUGCAGGGUGCUCAGCACAGUGCAGGGUUGCUGAGGUGCCCACAGGGUGCUCAGUGCACAGAACACAGUGCAGGAUGCACAGCAGGUGGGACAGGGUGCUCAGUGCAGGGUUCUCCUCGUACCUUUAUCCUUCCAUUCUGCUCUUUGGCACACGGUGCCCUCUCCCCCCUCUCAUGGCACCCCUCUGGCAGCCCAGCACCAAGCUGUGCCCCAUAUGCUGAGCACUGCCAUACACAGAGGCACCCAUGGGCUGAGGCUGUCUGUCUGUCCAGGUGUCCAGAGCUCGGCCAGGGUUGGGACUGCCCUUCUAUACCAGGAUGAGCAUGGUGGCCUGGGCAGGGUGGGUGCCCAGUGGGAGGCUGCACCUGCGGGUCUUGGGCAGCAUCAGCCUCUGCUGAGGCUUGAGAGGUGUUGGCAGCACCUAGGUCGGAGUGGCUGUGGGAUGUGGGUCCCUUGGCAGGGGUGCAGAUGGGCUCCUGAGCAGCUGCGUUGGCACCUUGCAGCCCACACAAAGCACUGGCACUCUCCUGGCAGUGCCCAUCUGUUACUGUGCCCUGUGUGGCAGAUUUGUGACAUCCACGCUUUGUCCAGCUCAAGUUCUUUGGGACUCGUGGCUGGAGUUGCUGGCACUGGGGCCAGCAGCGUGAGCUGGGCAGCCCUCCUGGGCAGGCAGGGGAUGGUUUGCAUCACAGAGGCCUUUGCUCUGUCCCUCUCUGUGUUUGUUUGUGUGCUCAGGCUCUGUCCAAAAGUCAUCUCACAGCUUGAAACCCCUUCAGACGCCUCCCUGUGCCAGGCCCUGCUGGCUGCUUGGACUCAUUUUCAGGAGGAGAGUCCCCCCUCAGCACAGCCGUGCUGCUCCCUCCUGCUCAGGCACCAAGCAACGGUGUUUUGGUGGCCACGGGUUCAGCAUGAAGCUCAACUAGAAGCACCAUGACCGUACGGGGAAAAGAUGCCCGUGGGGUUGGACACUCGCUAGCAGAGAGCUGAAGCCCCCAGCCUGUGCCCAGGAGAGCAGGAUGCGGGUCACCACGCGCAGGGUGCUGCUGCUACUGGGCUCGGUGGCGGCCCUGAUGGUGACCCUGCACCUCGGGCAGCAGGUCCUGGAGUGCCAGCAGGUCCUGAGCGAGAGGAGGCACAGGCUGAUGAGGCCGGAGAACGAGGAGCUGGUGAUGGUGGACGCCAACCACGUGGAGUACCGCUACAGCAAGGACAUGCCCCUGAUCUUCAUCGGCGGCGUCCCCCGCAGCGGCACCACGCUGAUGAGGGCCAUGCUGGACGCCCACCCCGAGGUGCGCUGCGGGGAGGAGACCCGCAUCAUCCCCCGCGUGCUGGCCAUGCGCCAGGCCUGGUCCAAGUCUGGCCGCGAGAAGAUGCGGCUGGACGAGGCGGGGGUGACAGAUCAGGUGCUGGACGCGGCCAUGCAGGCUUUCAUCCUGGAAGUGAUUGCCAAGCACGGCGAGCCCGCCAGGUACCUGUGCAACAAGGACCCCUUCACGCUGAAAUCCUCCGUGUACCUGUCCCGGCUGUUCCCCAACUCCAAGUUCCUGCUGAUGGUGCGGGACGGGCGUGCCUCGGUGCACUCCAUGAUCACACGCAAGGUGACCAUCGCCGGCUUCGACCUGAACAGCUACCGGGACUGCCUGACCAAGUGGAACCGGGCCAUCGAGACCAUGUACAACCAGUGCAUGGAGGUGGGCUUCCAGCGCUGCAUGCUGGUGCACUACGAGCAGCUGGUGCUGCACCCCGAGCAGUCCAUGCAGAACAUCAUGAGGUUCCUGGACAUCUCCUGGAGCGACACGGUGCUGCACCACGAGGAGCUCAUCGGGAAGCCCGGUGGGGUGUCCCUUUCCAAGAUAGAGAGAUCAACAGACCAGGUGAUCAAGCCGGUGAACAUGGAGGCGUUAUCCAAAUGGAUUGGGCACAUCCCGGGGGAUGUGCUGCAGGACAUGGCCCACAUCGCCCCCAUGCUGGCCAGGCUGGGCUACGACCCCUACGCCAACCCCCCCAACUACGGCCACCCCGACCCCCUGGUUGUCAACAACACGCACAGGGUUUUAAAGGGGGAUUAUAAAACACCGGCCAAUCUCAAAGGUCACCUGCAGGUGACUCAGAACACGUCAUCUUCUCACUAAGAAAAUUAAUGAUUUCCAGAACGCUGCCAAUGGCCUGUUGUUGCCUGAGAAGGACGAAGUGUGCAGUGGGCCCGUGGAAAUCUGUUCUCCAAGCAUAUUGCUUGCUCCUACUGUUGCCAAAUGACUGCGCUCCAGGAAUGUAUUUGCAUUUAUUUGCAAAGGCCAAACGUGCUCCACGGCGGGAACUUCCCCGGCCGGUCCCAGCGCUCUGUGGGGAAUGCAGCUGUGGAAACCCGGGCUGGUGGCAGGACAUUACAUGUGCUGUGGCUGGAGGACUCCGUACAUCGCCUUUGUGUCUCGUGAUCUGUUCCCCAUUCCCGGUGUGGGGAACAGCCCUCCCAUCCCCGCUGUUCCGUAUUCCUGGGAUCGGGAAAGGCCACCCCGGUCCUGCUGUUCCCAACUCCCAGGGUCAGGAACUGCCGCCUGGCCCUGCAGAGCCUUUGUGGUGCGUGUGCCCUCCCACCUACCCCAUCCCCGACCCUGCAGAGGCUAUUGCAGAGUUAAUAUAUAUCCCCCUCCCCCCCCCCCCCCCAAAAGGGGCCGGACACCAUUAAAGUGUUGA